AUGGUCCAGGGUACGGCCACAGCCAGCGCCGACAUUACCGAAGGAGAGGGGCGAGUUUGUGAGCGAGAGAUUACUUCUCUGCCUGUCAGCCCUGAGGAGAUUCCGCUACGACUGCUCAGUGAUGUUAACGUAGUAAUCACAAUCUGUCGGCAGGAUUUUGACAGGGUGUCAUGCAGCCUGCAGCCCUUCAGUACAGUCCAGGGUACGGACACAGCCAGCGCGAAUUACCGAAGGAGAGGGGCGAGUGUGAGCGAGAGAUACUUGCCUUGCCUGUCAGCCCAGGAGACUCCGCCUACGACUGCUCAGGGAGAUAACGCAGAUCACAACGAGGAGACAGGGUGUCCAUGA